UUUAUGAUAUAAUUGUAGUUUCUAAUUUUUGCAGCUACUCAAAGGCAGUGCGCACUUGUUCAAAGAAUAUUCCAUACAAUUCCGUUAGCCACGAGACUCGACCUGCACAGAGAUGCCCUCCAAUAUGUUUCGGAAGGCAAUAUAGAAAUUGAACUAAGUUACCAUAAAGAAAGAUAAGCAAAGUAAUAGUUCAAGUUCAAGUUAUAGUAAUAGUAAUAUAAAACAUAUCGAUAUUUAAAGAUGUCAGAUACUAUUUCAAUUACCAUCAAAUCUUCAGGUGAUAACAAGUAUGAAUUAACUAUUGAUCCAACUAUAACAGUAUUACAGUUGAAAGAACAAAUUGCCGAACAGGCAUCUAUUGCAGCUGAUCGUCAAAGAUUAAUAUACUCCGGUAAAGUAUUAAAGGAUACUGAAACUAUAGCAUCAUAUAAUGUUCAAACUGGUCAUACAAUCCAUCUUGUUAAAAGUGCUGCUGGUAGAUCAUCUACUACUACCGCUGAACCAAGUACUAAUACUAAUUCUAGUUCAGCAACUACUUCAAACCCUGCAAGUUCUGGUGUUCCAUCAAAUAUUGCUUCUGGUCAAGGGGCAUUUAAUCCAAUUGCUGAUUUGACUGGUGCUCGUUAUGCUGGCUAUACUCAAUUACCUUCGGCUUCAAUGUUUGGACCAGAUGGAGGUAUGAAUAGUACUUUACCAGAUCCUGAUCAAAUCUCACAAAUGAUGUCUAAUCCAAUGUUUCAAGAAAGUAUGAACGCAAUGUUGUCAAAUCCUCAAAUGUUAGACUAUAUGAUCAAUCAAAAUCCAAAUUUAAGAGCCAUGGGACCACAAGUUAGAGAAAUGUUACAGAGUCCCUUCUUUAGACAAAUGAUGAGUAAUCCAGAAAUGAUGAGAUCAAUGAUGCAAUUCGGUGGUGCUGGUGCAGCUCAAUCUAAUCCUUUCCCUGCCCCAGGUGCUAAUCCAAAUGUUGCCUCUACAGAUUCUAAUACAAACUCAGCUACAAAUACAACUACAAAUGCUCAAACCAAUGCUACUGGAGCUCCACCUGCUAAUCCAUUCGCUUCCCUUUUCCCUAACGGAGUUCCCCAACUCGACCCAUUUUCCUUAUUUGGUACUAAUGCUGGUGCUGGUGCCGGUGCUAGUGCUGCUCCGGUUGAUAAUAGACCACCUGAAGAAAGAUAUGAAUCCCAAUUAAGACAAUUGAAUGAUAUGGGAUUUUUUGAUUUCGAUAGAAAUAUAGAAGCCUUAAGAAGAACAGGUGGUAGUGUUCAAGGGGCCAUCGAAUACUUGUUAAAUAAUUAAAUUUACUUGUAAGUUUGUUUGUAUGAAUUAAUAGUUAGUAUUCCAAAUAUUUGAUUGUAGAAGUUUUUUUUUUCGCUGUUAGCAUUUCAAAAUUUAACCAGCUCGUAGUUAAAAGUGUA